AUACGAUCCCUUUCCGUAAUCAUGAUACCCUCCCAGAAAUGUUCACUGCACACUGAGUCAAGGCAGGCUGCAUCCGUGCCAGCUAACGUCACAAACCUCACCAAGGGAAGCAGUUCCAGCCAUCACAUUAGGGGUGAGUUAAUUGCAUUUUUGACCAAAUAAAGCAAGCACAUUUUUAAGUUGAUAAUUCUGUACGGCCCCCGAAUUAUUUUAUAAAUAUCCAAAUGGCCCUUUACCGAAAAAAGGUUCCCCACCCCUGACAUAGAAUAACACAUUUCAGUGCAUUGGUUCGUGCGAGUUCUAAUGCAAAAACAAUGACAUUCGCAGUUCGUCAGCGAUAAAGUAAGCAAACUGCACUUGAUCGGCCAUGACUGAUGUCAACGCAUCAAACCACGAGAAGCAGGAAUGUCCAACUCAAAGGAGGCGUUUUUAACUCCCCGACUGCAAGCGGCAACUCUCGCCGGUCUUUUCAUGCAGCCGCAAUCGAUGUCGAACGCACCUAAUGACACUUGUGGGUUCACCUCACUGUGAGGCGGGACUUCCUAUCCAAACUGGCCAGAAGUUGAGGUACCAGAAGGGCUUGGUCACAGUAUAUCGCCGGUUUGUAUUAAAGCUUCUAGGCAGCUCAGCUAGCUGAUCUGGAAUAUUACGAUGCGGCGGGGGAUCUUAACGGCGAUGCUAACCUGAAGACGCCGCCUUAAAGUCGAGUGAAAAUGUCUGAUGUAAAUAAGACUAUCCAGAAAUGGCACGCAAGCUUUAGGAAAGGAACCGACUUUGAUUCGUGGGGACAAUUAGUGGAGGCAAUUGAUGAGUAUCAAAUACUUGCGAGACAGUUGCAAAAAGAAGUCCAGUCUACAAAUUCAUCCAACUUCACAGAAGACCAAAAGAAAACAUUAGGAAAAUUUGCAACAUGCCUGGAGAUGAGAAGUGCAGCCUUACAGUGCACGCAGUCCCAGGAGGACUUCAAAUUGGAAGAUCUGAAGAAACUGGAACCUAUUAUAAUAAAUAUCUUCACAUACAACAAAGAUUUCCCUUAUGAUGUGCAGCCAGUACCCUUGAGGAAAAUCCUUGCUCCUGGGGAGGAAGAGAACCUGGAGUUGGAGGAAGAGGAAGAUGCUGCCACUGGUAUGGGAUAUCCAGAAGCCAAUACCUCCAGAGUCCCAGCUUUGAAAGGUACAUUGUUGCCCCGGUUACCCUCAGAGCCGAGGAUGACAUUACUCACACUUAAAAUAGAGAAGAUUGGAUUGAAAGAUGCUGGACAAUGCAUUGAUCCUUACAUGUCAGUUAGUGUUAAAGAUUUGAAUGGCUUUGAUUUGAACCCAAUGCAGGAUACACCAGUAGCCACCCGAAAAGAGGACACUUACAUUCACUUCAGUGUGGAUAUAGAGAUCCAAAGACAUCUGGAGAGACUACCCAAAGGGGCAGCUAUUUUCUUUGAAUUCAAGCAUUACAAACCCAAGAAAAGAUUCACCAGCACAAAAUGUUUUGCCUUUAUGGAAAUGGAUGAGAUCAAACCUGGUCCCAUUGUAAUCGAACUGUACAAGAAGCCUACUGACUUCAAGAGGAAGAAGCUCAACCUCCUGACAAAGAAACCACUCUAUCUCCACCUCCAUCAGACUUUGCACAAAGAAUAAACCAAGAGCAUGGAAAGAACCUGGAGGCUCCUUUUCAACCGUAUUCUACUUUAAAUCAUCAGCUCAGUUUGAUAUACCACCUCCACUUAAGUCAGCAAUACUAAAACCCUGGUCAAAAGGCCUCUUAACUCUGUGACAGUAUGGUGUAAAACAGUAAAACAACUAAUGUUGGAGAAUACAUUUUGACACCUGGUCACAGGAUGAAGGUGGGAGAUACAACAGGCAACCCAGCAGAAGAAAAACAAACUACAAACCAGCUACGUCUGCUGUCUUCCUCUGCUCUCUUCUUGCAGGGAACAAGCCUCAGGUUAAAGAGCCAUGUUCCUUUUUUCAUCGGUGGUGCGGUAGAAGGGCCCAACGCUUCUCUAAUGUUACGAUGUCAGUAUGUUAUAAAAGACCUUUUGAGGGGCUGCAUUGAACUUGAAUAGGUUGAAUUAUACUUUCUUUCAAUGUUGUUCCCAUCACUCAACCCCCUGGUCUGCCUCUCUGCCGUCUUCCAUUUCUAUUAAAAUGCAUUUUUAGAUUUUAUUUUUGUAAUGUCUAAAUAUCAAACUGUAAAUGAAUCUACUAAAUAUACACAAAUCAGUGCAUUUAGUAGUGUGUGGCCUGAGAGCUGGAUGCCAGACUGAGGAUUUAUACAGGACUGUUUUUAACUGUUUGCCAAUUUGAGACUUAGUCUCCCCAUUACGUAACAAUGCAUUCGAGGAAGAUGCACAAUUAUGUUAAUAAUGCUAGCUAGCCUGUUCCCAAAAAAACGAUGGAGUGCAAUUGAGAGUUCUUUGAGAUAAAAUGAGUAAAUGGUUUUAUUAAAAAUGUUUGCAACUG